ACCAAUGUUAGUUGACUAGCAAGCGGCUCUGAGCGCCUCAAUCUCUCUCUCUUUCUCUCGCUCUCACUCCCUGAGGGCCGGUGUGUUGAGCUCCACGACAGUCGUGGGCUCACCACCUUCCCAUCUCCCAUACACAAGGGAAAGGGAGCAUUUCCAACAUACAGGAAUCAAGUCGACGCAUAUAUAUAUCCAUUGUUAGUUUCCUGAGGACAGCGUGCUUGAUACAUUGUGUCAGCAAGAUGUUUCUGCUCUGGAUGCUGGCGGGAGGCCUGAUGCUGGCUGGGAACUCACAGGGCAGCAUCCCAGAUGAGGGUCAGUGCAUCUGGUACGACGUGGGACCAGAAAACCCAGAAAAGGAAGGAGGGAUGCAGCUCAAUAAGAUCUACAACGGACCGGCGAAGCCUCUCAAUGAUCCAGUUGCUCUGAAGAUGUUGGAAGACAACUGCCCCUUAUUGAUGAAUGAAUUACAUGACCUGUACGGGGAUGAGGUCAAACCUGCUGUCUCACCGCCCAACAUCGCCAAUAUGACGUCGGGGUUCCAGCAGAUGAACUUCCUGGUCAGCAAGUGUCCAGCUUGCGAGCUCAACAUGAAGACCAACUUCUGCUACUUUCACCUGCCAUCCGCGAACACU